GCCUUGUCUGCAUGACUACACCAGCCUUUGUGAUUCCGACACCGCCUCCGAGCCCGCCGAUGCUCGGCUACACGCGGCACAGCGACGGCGACGAGUGGCAAAGCCAGUCGCCGACCAACGAUGCGAGCGAGUCGGGCAAAGAAGGCGACAUCGAUGAGGACAACUCGACAGCGCUCGCACCCGGGGCGCCCAUUCACAUCUUCUCGAUGGCGGCCAUUGCCCUCUACCUGCAGAUGAUCGCGGUCUCGUGCUUGCAAAACCUCCUGCCGCCGCUCAAGAUCUACCUCUUCACGGCCUACCUUCACGGGUCGACGACGCACGUGUGGCAGCUCACGGCGCUUGAGAACCUCGCGUGGACCUUCCGCGUCUUCUUCGCGGUUCUCUCGGACGUUGUUCCCGUCUUUGGCUACAAGCGCAAGUUUUGGAUGGGAUUUGGCUGGCUCGUGACGCUUGUCGGUGUCGCCAUCAUGGCCUUCUCCGACUUUGGCGCGCCCUUCUGCGACCCGAAGUACUACCCGACGUGCUGGAACCCCAAGGCCAACACGACAAAAGCGGCCUACGACUUUGGCGCUCCGGACCGCGUGAGCUGGUACCGCAUCCCGACGCUCGUUGCCACGCUCGGUGUUGUCAUCGUGACAGCCUCCGUCGACGGGCUCAUGGUCGAGUACGCGCAGCGGGAGCCGUUUUCGACCCGCGGUCAAAUCCAAGCCAUCAUGUACGCGCUCAUGGGGUCUGGCGCUCUCAUGGCGCGCUUCUUCAACCAGUUUUUUCUCAACGGCGCCCGGUACGGCGGCAACUACGACUUCUCCGCGGGUCCCAGCGUCCCGUACUGGAUGGGUGUCGGCAUGGCGCUGGCGGCCCUCACGGCCGUCGUAGGCCUCGUCGUCGAGUCCAAGAAGCGCGCGUCGCAGGACCUGCGCACGUGGUCGGCUGGGCUCUGGACGCUCUUGACAAGUCGCGUCGUUUUCCAGCUGCUCGCGUUCCGUUUCGCCUUUAACCUCUUUGCCACAAUCACUGGCAGCCCCAUUUACGCCUGGGUCACCAACCUCGACAUGGGCUGGAUCAACAUCACGCCGCGCAUGCUCUUCGUGCCCGCGACGAUCCACUAUGGCCGCUUUGCGCUGCAGUGGAACUGGCGCCGCGUCGUCGCCGUCUCGACCGUCUCCAACAUUGUGCUCAUGGCGCUCGCCACCUUCUUUGUGAUUUACGACGUCUCGCGCAAUGCGUGGGUCUUUACCGCGCUCUUCUUGCUCACGGGCGUUCCCGUCGCUCUGAUCAACCUCGUCACGGGCUUCGCCAUGGUCGAGAUGGCCGGCGUCGGCUACGAAGCUGUCAUUGCGGGCCUCUGGGCCACCAUCCGCGACCUCAACGUGCCGAUCGCCAACAAGGUGCGCACAUCGCUUGUCGACGAGUUCCCGGCCGCCAUGAGCAUGAAGCACGACGCGCACACGCACAACCAAGUCGCGUACCCGCACAUCAUUGGCUUCUCGAUCCAACUUGCGGGUCUCAUCUGGCUCGUCCUGCUGCCGUCGCAGAAGACGCCACUGGCCAUGAUGAAGUCGCACGGCGCGUCGCGUGCCGCGGGUGCGCUUGUCGUGCUUGGCUACGUUGCGCUCGUCGCCUUUUCGUGGCAGCAAGCCCUCGAAAAGUACUAGAGACAUUUGUCUAUUUAACACUUCUUCUAAACAUGUAAAUGCAUACACUACGCUCAUAC